GGUCAACACCAGAAGAAGAGAACGAGGAAAAGACGGAAGAUAGCAUAAUAGCAGAGAUUCUGAAAAUAUCAUUUAGUUUGGUCAGUACACGAUUCUGAUUUCAAUCAGUCAAGCAUGAAUCAAGAGAAAUAUCCGCGGUCAUCCAUUGAGGAUGAUUUUAAUUAUGGCACGAACGUCGCAACGGCGAGCGUCCAGAUCCGGAUGGAUUUCCUCCGCAAGGUGUACACCAUCCUGUCGUUGCAGAUUACCAUCACCACUGCUGUAUCUGCUCUUUUCAUGCUCUGCAACCCCAUUAAAACCUUUGUGCAUGAAAGUCCCGCUCUGGUGCUGAUAUCUGCUAUCGGGUCUCUUAUCCUGCUCGUUGCUUUGGCUGUAUACCGUCACAAGCACCCUAUCAAUCUUUAUUUGCUGUUUGGAUUUACGCUGCUGGAGUCUAUGUCUGUAGCCACUGCGGUGACGUUUUAUGAGUACACCAUCGUGCUCCAGGCCUUUGUGCUCACUUCUGCAGUGUUCCUGGGCCUCACUGCCUACACCUUCCAGUCCAAACGGGACUUCAGCAAACUCGGAGCCAGUCUAUUUGCUGGCCUGUGGAUCCUGAUCAUUGCCAGCUUUAUGAGGCUUUUUUUCUACAAUGACACAAUGGAGCUGGUUUUCGCUGGGGCUGGAGCCCUGCUGUUCUGUGGUUUCAUUAUUUUCGAUACACAUGUGCUGAUGCACAAGCUGUCCCCGGAGGAACAUGUCCUGGCAUCCAUCAAUCUCUACCUGGACAUAGUCAACCUGUUCCUGUACAUUCUGCGCAUUCUUGACUCCAUGAAGAAACACUGAAUGCUUUGAAGUUCUUCUUUAGUUUCAGAGUUGAUUUCUGGGUACUGUAAUGCUGGGAGUGAAAUUGAAAGUACAAAACUUUAUUCUUUAAUUUAACAGGCUCCAUGUACCAUAGGAGAGUAUAUUUUUGCCAAAAAACAUGUGCUCAUUUCAACUAAUUAAUUCAAAUGUUAUAAAUUAGGAGGAUCCACAAUAAAUCUUGUAGAUCACUGCAUUAAUAUUCUGGACAGAAAGUCUUAACAGAGUACAUGCACUGGAUGCCAAACGUUAAGGUAAUUUGUAAUGUAGUUUUUUGCAAUGUGCAUCAUUCUUCAAUUAAGGCAUAAAUAUACUUUUUUGUACAUGAGAUACUGCUCCCACGUUUCAUCACAGCAGGGAUUUAAAUGUCAACUAUCAUAUUAGAGUUUCUUCCUUGUUUUCAACACAAUGGUGUGUGCUUUCAACUCUUCAUUUUGUUGUAGUGUAAAUUUGAAUGUUAUAACUAGUUAUGAUUGUACAAAACACAUCGAUCUGUUAAAUGGUAGUUUUGAUAGAAACUGCAGCUUGUUUUGGUGUUAAAUUCCAUUCUACAUCUACCUAUUCUCGGUGAUUUGGUCUUCAGUGAAGUGCUUCAGGAAAUUAGUGAUAAUGGUUUGGGAACAAACUUUACCUCAGGCCUACACAUUUUGUUUAAUUUGGGUGUGUAUAUUCAUAAUUCAUUGAAAGUAACUUAUAAAGUUGCAGAUGUACUUCCUUACCAAAAGGCCUGAGUUUACAAGAACAUUCCAUUAAAGCUGCAUUUAAGCUAUUACACAAUCAGCACAAACACAAGUUAGACAUUCAUUUUAAUUUUGGACAAUAUAAAAUGUUUUUGUUUACAACUGUCAUGGGUGUUAGUUAAAAAAUAUUUAACAUUCAGUAAAGUAACAUGAUUCAUACACUUCAUGCAGCAUGUAUAUUUCAACAUGUAAAACAACAUAUUUCCCAGCCAUCUAAUUUAAAUAAACUAGAAAAGUAUGAAAUAAUUGUAAACACAAUAUUACAUUUUUGUUGUUUUGUUUUGUUUUGUUUUAAGGACUUAUUAACUAAUCCAAAGUGCAAUAUUUAUUAUAAUGGAAAUAUAAUUGCAGUCCUUGAAUUUAAGGACAAAAAUGUAACUUAAUAAAACUCAGCUGUGCUUAAUAACCAAUCAAGCUAGUUUAACCUGUAUGUGUUGUCUUUAUAAUAACCCAAAACAGAACCAUGCUCUGGUUAUGGAAUAUAACUCAUAAAGACCUAAUGAUCCGUUGGUUUAUCUGUCUCUAUAAAGUACUGGCUCCCUGCUUUUGAAGAGUAACAGUAAAACAAAAAGGAAGCCUGGUUACGUAUAAUAUUUCAGCAUUUAAUAUUCACCCCAAGUGAAUCGGAGACCUUUGUGGUCUGUAAAAUGUGUCUGCAUACUUUCAACAUAUGGCAGCUU